AUGGGUGUCUUGAGUGUAUUUAUUUAUUUUUUGAUGAAGCUACUCUCCUGGAAUAUUAGGGGUUUGGGAAAACUUGAGAAAAAGGCUAGAAUCAAAUGCCUUCUUAAGGAUAGACUUAUUGAUAUUGUUUUCUUUCAAGAGACCAAGAAAACAGUGGUUUCAAAAAAUGCUGUUAGGGGGCUUUGGGGAAGCAAAAACAUGGAAUUUAUGUCUGUAGACCCUGAUGGAUCUGCGGGUGGGCUUUUAUGCAUUUGGGAUCCGGCUGUUUUUCAACUAUCUGGCUGUUGCUGUAAUAGGAGGUACAUCUUACUAUCUGGUUCUCUUUACAACUCCUUUGAUUGUGUUUUGUUGAACAUAUAUGCUCCCAAUGAUGUUAGUGCUAGAGCCAGUUUUUGGGAAGAUAUAUUUAAGCACAAGGUCUUUUUUCCUGAUCCUUGGUGCAUGGGAGGUGACUUCAAUGAGAUUAGGCAUAUUGGGGAGAGGGUAGGCUGUUCCAGAAGAGACAGGGGGAUGAAACAAUUGAAUGAUUUUAUUGGGAAAUGUGAGCUCCAUGAUCUACCUCUGUAUGGAAGGAAAUUCACUUGGUGUAAUGCCCAGGAUUCUGAGAAGUGGAGCCGAAUUGAUAGAGUCUUGUUCAGUCCGGAAUGGAUGAUCAAAUUUAGAAUGAAGCUUUGGGGCCUGCCUAGAUUAAUCUCAGAUCAUUGUCCCUUGUUGAUGAUGGAAGAUGAAAGAGAUUGGGGGCCUCGUCCUUUCAGAUUUUUAAACGCUUGGACCUUACACCCAAGCUUCUCAGAACUCUUUAUCAAUUGCUGGAAUAACAGUUCUUUCUCUGGGUGGGCAGGAUUCAUGCUUAUUCAAAAAUUCAAGCACCUAAAGAUGGAAUUGAAAAAAUGA